GGACAGCCCGGCUCGGGGGUCCAGUCUGCCAGCGCCGGACGGACAGGCCGAGCCCGGAGCGCCGCCAUGGGCCCGGGGCCCCCGGCGGCCGGAGCCGGAGCGCCCCCGCGACCGCUGUCCCUGGUCGCGCGGCUGAGCUACGCUGUGGGCCACUUCCUCAAUGACCUGUGCGCGUCCAUGUGGUUCACCUACCUGCUGCUAUACCUGCACUCGGUGCGCGCCUACAGCUCGCGCGGCGCCGGCCUGCUGCUGCUGCUCGGCCAGGUGGCCGACGGGCUGUGCACGCCCCUGGUGGGCUUUGAGGCUGACCGCGCCGCAGGCCGCUGCGCCCGCUUCGGCCCGCGCAAGGCCUGGCACCUUGUCGGCACCAUCUGUGUCCUGCUGUCCUUCCCCUUCAUCUUCAGCCCCUGCCUGGGCUGCGGGGCCGCCACGCCUGAGUGGGCCGCUCUCCUCUACUAUGGGCCCUUCAUUGUGAUCUUCCAGUUCGGCUGGGCUGCUACACAAAUCGCCCACCUCAGCCUCAUCCCAGAGCUCGUCACCAACGACCAUGAGAAGGUGGAGCUCACAGCUCUGAGGUACGCCUUCACUGUGGUGGCCAACAUCACCGUCUAUGGAGCUGCCUGGCUUCUGCUACACCUGCAGGGCUCAUCCACCAGCCCCACCGAGGAUGUCAGCGACCAACUAGGGGUCCAGGAUGUGCCAGUGUUCCGGAACCUCUCCCUGCUGGUGGUGGGUGUCGGAGCUGUCUUCUCACUGCUGUUCCACCUGGGCACCAGGGAGGGGCGCCGGCGGCAGGUGGAGGAGCCCGGUGAACACAGCCCCCUGUUGGCUCCCUCUACCGCCCAGCCCUUGCUGCUCUGGAAACACUGGCUUCAGGAGCCGGCCUUUUAUCAGGUUGGCCUGCUGUACAUGAGCACGAGGCUCAUUGUGAACCUGUCCCAGACGUACAUAGCCAUGUACCUCACCUACUCCCUCCACCUGCCCAAGAGGUUCAUCGCCACCAUCCCACUGGUGAUGUACCUUAGCGGUUUCUGCUCCUCCUUCCUCAUGAAGCCAGUGAACAAGUGCAUCGGGAGGAAUAUGACCUACUUCGUGGGCCUCCUGGUGAUCCUGGCCUUUGCAGCCUGGGUGGCGCUGGCAGAGGAGCUGGGCGUGGCUGUGUAUGUGGCGGCUGUGUUGCUGGGCAUGGGCUGUGCCACCAUCCUGGUCACCUCGUUGGCCAUGACGGCUGACCUCAUUGGCCCUCACACGCACAGUGGAGCGUUCGUGUAUGGCGCCAUGAGCUUCUCGGACAAGGUGGCCAAUGGGCUGGCAGUUAUGGCCAUCCAGAGCCUGCACCCCUGCUCCUUGGAGCUCUGCUGCAAAGCCUGUGUGGCUUUCUACCACUGGGUGAUGGUGGUCGUGACAGGUGGUGUGGGCGUGGCCGCCACCCUGGCUCUGUGCAGUCUCCUGGUCUGGCCCAUCCGCCUUCGGAGAUGGGCCUCUGGUACCAGAGCCUCUCCCAGGCUGAGCACCUCAGAGCGGCUUCCCAGAGGAGAAGGUAGCAGUGAUGUGAGGCACGCAGCUCAUGCAAAGGUCCUGGGGCAGCGGGGGAAGAUGUAAGAACUGAGGCCGGCAGAGCCGAGGGAAGUGGAAAUAUGCUGAUGGUGACACUAACACCUCAAGGAGGCAUCAUUAAAACUAAAGCUCCCCUUCCAGACAUCCUGGCAGCACCACUGCUGGGGGGACAGAGGUGAGCAGUGUGCGGUGACCUGGCAGUCUAGCUCCAGGGACGUGGGUGCCCCAGGGAAUGAGCCUGUGACCCCAAGAUGGUGCCAGCAGGGCUGCUGACUAAGUCAUCUCCUAUGUGCCUGCUUGGGGUUCUCACCCCACAGGGCAAACCAGAAAGAGGAGAGCGUGGCCUGCUGUGUUUGGGGCACAGGUCUUGGGAAGUGGCCGUGGGCUGGGUUUGCUGCUUGCAGGGAGGGGAGUUGUGGGACCCUCUGGCGGGCCCCACCCUUUUGCGCUACAAAAUGAACUGGAACCACAAAGUGCACGUGGUUUGUGGAAAGGAAUUUAAACAGUCUAAAACAACACACAAUGAAAAGUGUCUGUGUCAAUUAUUACCUCAAAAAAAUAAAAACACUGCAUUACAGCUGAAAGAAAAAUGUUUUCCUCCUAAUAAAUGAAGCCUUCUAGGUCUAGAAUCUAGAGACCCGCUGGCAUUUCAAUAAAUGUGCUCUGCUUAGUUG